UUGUAUUGAAAGUGCUAAGCUAGAUAGAUGUACAAUGUACCUCAUUACUCACAUACCUUCUGUAUAACAUCAGCAUUUAUACGUAUUGUUUAUUAAAAACGAGAUUGCUAUUUCAAAUAUUUAGUUGUUUAACAGUCAUUCGAGCUUGCUAUUUUACUAGUCAACUUCAUCUAUUGAAGGCAUAGUAAUUUACCAUAAUUAUGAAUUCAGAAGCCAGUGCUCCUAGAUUACCGACUAGGCCUCCUCAUAGACAUGAACAAGCUAAAGCUACCUUGAAAGAAGCCUUUCCUGAUACAGAUGAUGCGAUCAUUAGAGCAGUUUUAGCAGCGAGUGGAUUUCAUAUUGAGCCAGCUUUUAAUGCUUUACUAGGACUGAAUGAUCCUAGUGUAGCAGAUGAAUUAGAACAAUUACACUUGAGUUCAGCCCAUCCCCAGACGCUAUCGAGAGAAUCCGCUCAAAAGCAAUCAGAAGAAGAUGAACUAUGUGCUAGGAGACUAGCCAAGCGAUAUCAGAAGUAUCCUGCAUCAAACCGUGAUCGUAAUUCAAAUCGUAAACCAAUGACGGAUAGAAGAGCAAUGCCAAGAAGUGAAAACAGGAUGUACUCCUAUGAUAAAGACAAUGAAGACUAUUCAUUUCUUGAAAAUGAUUUUCCUGUUCUGAAAGAUAAUUUUGUUCGUGGAUUUCAGUCAAUUAAGCAGCGAAGCAUGGCAUGGAUGGACAAAGUUGCUUCCAAACUCGAAGGAAGUGACGAAUACGAAGAUGAUAUAAAUGAACCUCCGGUUUAUAAUAAACCAUUCCAGAAUUCAGCCUCUACUGCUACCGAUUUGGAAUCUGCAUACGAGGAUAUUCCUCCACCCACGCCUGCACGGAGAAGCGUAAGACCAGAUUCUAAAAUAUCCCUUCCUCCCUAUGAAGCUGAUCCACACAUGUUGAAUGAAAAAGAUUUUGAGCGCCUUCAAUUAGAGUCUACAUCAUCACCUGUAAUGGGUCGUUCUUCUUUAGCGUCUACUAGAAAGUCAGUUGAAUCAAGCUCUUCGGCUUUUGCUGGAGGCCAGUCAUUAAUUUUGGAUAGUAAUGGAGCUAUAGAAAGUUCCAAUUCUGCAUUUGCAUUAGAUGAUAGUGAUUUGGAAUCCACCUACGAAGAAGAGACAGGUAAAAAGAAUUCCACUGCUAGUGCGAAAAAAGAGAGGGAUGAAAACAGUCGACGAAAGGAAAACACUCGUGACCUUGAAAGUGUUUCUGAAGAACAAUAUGGUCCUGCUCCGAAGAUAGAGCAGGAUUCCGUAAAAAAAGAUGAAAAGAAAGGUAUGACGAAAAACCUUGAUGCCGACGAAACUGAAGCGAAAUCCAAAGAUGCUUUAACUACUAGCGAAAAGACCGAAGAUAAUAAAGAAGAGAAGCAGCCUACGACGAAAGAUAUAAAUGAAAAUGCAAACACAACUACGAGUGCAGAGACCGAGAACGUGGAGCAUGAGAAGAAAGAGGACACGUCAAAUUCUAAUGAGCAACCCAAGAGUAAAAAUCAUACAGAAGAGAAGGCUGCAUCUUCUGAGAAAAAACAUUGAGUCUUUUUGAGUGGAUGAAAGCAUAUAUUACAAACGAAUACUGCGAACGUAAAGCACUAUGUACGAUUGAACGGGAGGUUAUUUCUGACAUAAGUGUACCAUCUUGCUGCCAUUCUUUUGUUAUUUUUUGACUUUUAAUUAUCCUUAGUAAUUAGAUGCUAUACAGAGAAGGACAUCCGUUUAAAUUUUUACAAAAAUGUCAAAAACAUUUUUUUAAAAUCCAUACA